GUUAGACUUAGAGUAGCGUGUUUGGCUUUCGGUGAGCACCGCCAAGCAGUUCAGCUUUGGCAGUUCAUCUCCAUCUCUCCACGCAGGCAGUGGCACCGCUUGCAGUCGAGCCCAGUCCAGCAGCCAGUAUGGAAGCGCUGCGCCCGGUGCUGGAGAAGUGCGGCCAGCAGCACCUGCUGGAGGGCUACGAGGAGCUGCCCGCGGAGCAGCAGGCAGAGCUGCUGCACCAGCUGGAGGGCAUCGACUUCGAGUAUGUGAACCACAUCUUCACCGCCAGCAUGGCCGCCGCCGACAUCCCCGCCGCCCCCGCCGCCCCCGUGAGCGACGUCACCACCCUCAAGUCGUCCACGCGGGAGCAGCGCGACGGGUGGCGCGCCCACGGCCUGCGCCUGAUUGCGGAGGGCAAGCUGGCGGUGCUGCUGCUGGCGGGCGGGCAGGGCACGCGGCUGGGCAGCGCCGCGCCCAAGGGCUGUUACAACAUCGGCCUCCCCUCCAAGAAGAGCCUGUUCCAGCUGCAGGCGGAGCGCCUGCUGCGCCUGCAGGCGCUGGCCGCACAGCAGGCCGGCGCGGGCACGCCAGAGCGCCCGCUGCGCUGGUACAUCAUGACCAGCCCCGCCACCGACGCCGCCACGCGCAAGCACUUCCGCGACCACGCCUUCUUCGGCCUGCGGGAGGCGCAGGUGGCGUUCUUCAGCCAGGGCGCGCUGCCCGCGCUGACGGAGCAGGGGCGCAUCAUCCGGGAGAGCGCCUGCCGCCUGUCCAUGGCGCCAGACGGCAACGGCGGCGUGUACAUGGCGCUGCGCGCGGCGGGCGUGCUGGCUGACAUGGCGGCGCACGGCGUGGAGGCGGUGGACUGCUACUGCGUGGACAAUGCGCUGGUGCGGCUGGGGGACCCGCUGUUCACCGGCUUCUGCCACUCGCGCGGCGUGCAGUGCGGCGCGCGCGUGGUGGCCAAGGCGUAUCCGGAGGAGAAGGUGGGGGUGUUUGCGCGGCGCAACGGCGCGCUGGAGGUGGUGGAGUACUCGGAGCUGGAUCCGGCUGAGGCGAGCGCCUCUGACCCCGCCACCGGCGAGCUCAAGUACGGCUGGUCCAACAUCUGCCUGCACUACUUCCGCCGCGACUGGCUGGAGGGGGUGAGCGACAAGCUGGCGGAGAUGGGGCGGUACCACGUGGCCCGCAAGAAGAUACCCUCUCUGGACGGCCCCGUGGCGGGCGUCAAGCUGGAGCUCUUCAUCUUCGACACCUUCCCGCUGGCCGCCUCCACCGCCCUGUUUGAGGUGCGGCGGGAGGAGGAGUUUGCGCCGGUCAAGAACGCGCCGGGGCAGGGCCUGGCCGACAGCCCCGACACGGCGCGGGACGCCAUCCUGGCGCUGCACAAGGGGUGGGUGGAGGCGGCGGGCGGGCAGGUGACGAGCAGCGAGGGGGUGGAGGUGUCGCCGCUGGUCAGCUAUGCGGGCGAGGGGCUGGAGGAGCUGUGCGGCGGCAAGGCCUUUGCGUCCUCCUACGACAUGCACCUGCAGGCAGGGGUUCCUCCAGUUUGCGCCUAAGUCCGCCGUCGGCAAGCUGCUCAAAAGCGGCGCCGACGGCGCGGCAGAGUACUCGUCGCCCAGGCCAGUGCCCAAGGGCGGCGGCCCCGCGGGUCCCCGCAUCGUGGCCAACUGCAGCCGCACGUUUCGCGCGCAGUAGGGCGCUGUCGCCUGGGGCGACGGCCGCACCGGCAACGGCGCACGUCGGGCGGCGU